AAUGUCCAGCAUGCUGAGUCCUCUUUUACGUCAACCGAAAUCACAGUUGUUUCUCCAACAUGGCGUCGCUGGGAAGGAGGCGCGGUGUCCCAGUAAGCAGGGAGAGGGGAGUGAUGGCGGCGUCAGACUGCUACAUUGUACAUGAAAUUUACAAUGGGGAGAAUGCGCAGGACCAGUUUGAGUAUGAGCUGGAGCAGGCACUGGAGGCCCAGUAUAAAUACAUUGUUAUUGAGCCCACACGGAUCGGCGAUGAGACGGCCCGUUGGAUUACAGUGGGAAAUUGCCUGCACAAGACGGCUGUGUUGUCAGGCGCAGCGUGCCUCCUGACACCGCUUUCUCUGCCCGCUGAAUAUUCGCGUUAUGUUGCGCUGCCCGCUGGUGCCCUCAGUGUGGCUUGUGCUGCCCUCUACGGGAUUUCGUGGCAGUUUGACCCCUGCUGCAAGUAUCAGGUGGAAUAUGACAGCCAAAAACUCUCGCGGCUGCCCCUGCAUACACUAACCUCCUCGACACCAGUGGUAUUGGUACGCAGGGAUGACAUCCACAGAAAGAGACUCCAUAAUACGAUAGCACUGGCUGCCCUGGCGUAUUGCGUCAAGAAGAUCUAUGAACUUUAUGCGGUAUGAAUGCACUCUGAAGAGGAUUUAAGAAACAACAUUUAAAAAAAAAAAGGAGAAAAAAAAAACAAAACAAAAAAACCCAGAACCUACCUUCCCCCCCCCGGUGUAAGAAAUAUGGAGGUGACGAUCACGUCCAGCGGUUAGCUCCACAUGUGAUGGGUGCUUCCAUUUUGAACUUUGAUCAGAGGGAUAUAGUUAAAACUAGAAGGAAUAAUUUUUUUUCCCUUACAUUUCCUUUACUUCUAUGUGACAACAGCACACUUUUCCCCAUAGUACUCUUGCGUCUCCCACCCUGUGCUCUCCAUCUGGAUCCCUGACACAACAAGCAAGUGCGAAAGGGUAUGGCAGCAGCUUCUGUGGACUGAAUUCUAUUGAAGUUGAAAUGGGACAGACAUGUUUUGUGUACCACGCUCCUUCCCCAUUCCCUCGUAGUUUUACUGUAACCCUUUCAUGCUGAUCAGUACGUCACCAUUUCAUUAAACAUUAGGAUAUUUCAAACUCACCUUUCUGUAUUUUUAUUUUACUUUUUCAUUAAAUGGAUUGUACACAAUGUCCAGAGAAGAGCAAAUACCUCCAAAUUAUGUUAGAUUUUGUCUUGUUUAAGUAAACUGUGGUUUUAAUGAGAUAUGACACAUUUAUAUGGCUACCUGUUUAUUUUAAUAUUAAGACAAAGCCAAAGAAGGCUACAGAUAAUACAAGUCAAAGAAAUUGCCUCAUUCCCUGAUCAAUUUGCUUUUUUCACUGGUGGGACGUACUAGAUGAGGAAAACAAAUGUAAACAAUAAAUAAAGUAUGUGUUGUGAUAUAACUAGAGACUUACAACUGGAUAAUAAAGUAUAAUCAGGA